AUGCAAGAACGUUUCUUUGUAAUGAAUAAAGAUUUUCACGAGAACACCGAACUGCGCAGACUUGCAUGUGCUGGGUGGAAAUUAUCUUAUGAAAAUUUAAGUAACUUGAACAGAAAUGGUAAUGGAAACACCCAGUCCACAGUGGCCCCCAAAUAUCUGCACAGGUUUUAUAGCCACAACUCCAGUUUUGUUCAUGGUGGUGUAGAGAAAGCUGGUGAAGAGCAACAACCUGUUAUGGGACAAGUUGACAUUCAUCAGAAAAUCCUGUCUCUGAACUUUGUUGAUUGCCGAGCAAAAAUCCGACAAGUGGAUAGUCAAGCCACGGUAUCCAAUGCGGUUGUGGUUCAGGUGACUGGUGAAUUGUCAAAUGAUGGGCAACAAAUGCGUCGCUUCAUGCAGACUUUUGUGUUGGCUCCACAAUCACCCAAGAAGUAUUAUGUCCAUAAUGACAUAUUUCGUUAUCAGGAUGAGGUUUUCCAUGAUUCUGAAUCUGAUGUUGAAAACCUGGAAGAGAGUGGUGAAUCUGAGCAGGAGCAAACUGAGGCUGUUUCUCAAGCUGAACCUGUACCAGAGCCAACAGUGUCACAGUACUAUGAUCAAACAUCUGUGCUAAGCAAUGGCAAUGCAGAGAUUGAAGACAGACCUGAAUCACCUGCACAAAAGUCUGUGGAAGAAGAGCCGAAGGAAGAACCUCCUGAGGAAGCUGCUCCAGAACCAGAGAAAGAGGCAGAGAUUAAAACUCCUGAGCCAGAACCUGUUCCUGAUGCACCUGCUGAGCAGAAGCCUCUCUCAUGGGCUAGCCUGGCUAGCAAGAAUGCCCCGCCAGCACAGCCAUCAACCACUAGCGCAGGGCCUGCUGGUCAUGCCCCGCCCAUUGGAAAACCCCAGGUUGCAAGACCUGAGGUCAGCAAGCUGGAUGGCAAUCAAGGCCCACAACCCCAGAGGACUCCUCGAAUUAUAAAAUUUGGAAACUUGCAAUGA